AUGGAAUGGCCAGAUGAAUACGAGAAACUUCUCUUUCGAAUGUCUACUCCAAGUGUAGUGAUUGAUAAUACGGGCUGUGCCAACGCCACUCGGGUCAUGAUUGACAGUGCUAGAAAACAUGGAAUUCUUCUUGAAGCAGUUCAAGUUCUCACUGAUAUGAAUCUCUCUAUCAAGAAGGCCUACAUUUCCUCUGAUGGACGAUGGUUCAUGGACGUUUUUCAUGUGACUGAUAUAAAUGGAGAAAAAAUAACUGAUGAGAGUUUCCUCAAAUGUAUUGAAAAGUCACUUGGGACAAUUCAUUACGGAAAACUGAAAUGUAUUGAGGGCCUAACUGCAAUAGAAUUAACUGGUACUGAUAGGGUUGGCCUUUUAUCCGAGAUUUUCGCAGUUCUUUCGAAUUUCGAAUGCAAUGUGGUAGAAGCUAAUGUUUGGACACACAAUGGUCGAGUUGCAUCCUUAAUUUAUAUUAGGGAUAUCGAUUCUGGUUCUUUGAUUGAGGACUCAAAUAAAGUUGAUGGAAUGGAAGACUACAAUUCUUUACAUGAAUUUCCCUAUAUUGAUAUUCGAAGUGCUAGAACAUUGGUUUCGAUGGCUGUUACGCAUACAGAAAGACGGCUUCAUCAGAUGAUGUUUGCUGAUGGCGAUUAUGAGAGGAAGCCGAUUAUCAAGCCGAGUGGUGAUCGUCCAGUUGUUGAAGUACAGGAUUCUUUGGAAAAGGGUUAUUCCGUCGUACAUGUUCAGUGUAAGGAUCGGACAAAGCUUUUGUUUGAUGUUGUUUGCGCGUUGACAGACAUGCAAUAUGUUGUGUUCCAUGCCACUGUGAACACUUCGGAACGCAGAGCAUCAUUGGAAUUCUUCAUUAGGAAUACAGAUGGAACCCCAAUUACUUCAGAAGCAGAAAAACAACACGUGAUUCUAUGCUUACGAGGUGCAAUUGAGAGACGAGCAUAUCAGGGUGUAAGGCUCGAGCUACGUACGGCUGAUCGACAAGGCUUAUUGGCGGACAUAAUGUGCACCUUUCGUGAAAAUGGCCUUAAUGUGACUCGAGCUGAGAUAUCCACAACAACGAGUGAGGCACUAAACGUAUUCUACGUAACAGAUCCAUUUGGGAAUCCAUGUGAUUCAGAGGUCAUUGAGUUUGUUCGACAUACGAUUGGCUUGAAUGAAUUGAAAGUGGAGGAAUUGCCCUCGAUCUAUCACCACAGAGGAGACAAGCCCACAUUGAGUGCUACGGCAUCACUCGGGAGCAUUGUGAGAAAAAAUCUUUAUAACUUGGGGUUGAUCAAUUCACAUUCUUGA